AUGCCAUUGAACAAGUCGAACAUGAGAGAAUACAAACUAGUCGUCGUUGGUGGUGGUGGGGUUGGUAAAUCUGCAUUGACCAUACAGUUGACUCAAUCACAUUUCGUGGAUGAAUACGAUCCUACGAUUGAGGACUCAUACAGGAAGCAAGUGGUCAUUGACGAUGAAGUGUCCAUAUUGGACAUCUUGGACACCGCCGGGCAAGAAGAGUAUUCCGCCAUGAGAGAACAAUACAUGCGCAACGGUGAAGGGUUCCUACUGGUUUACUCCAUAACAUCCAAGUCGUCCCUUGACGAGCUCAUGACUUACUACCAGCAGAUAUUGAGAGUCAAGGACACGGACUACGUGCCAAUUGUUGUUGUGGGUAACAAGUCCGAUCUAGAAAAUGAGAAGCAAGUCUCCUACCAGGACGGGUUGAACAUGGCGAAGCAAAUGAACGCACCGUUCUUGGAGACCUCCGCGAAGCAAGCAAUCAACGUCGAGGAGGCCUUCUACACGCUAGCUCGUUUGGUCAGAGACGAGGGCGGCAAGUACAACAAGACUUUGACAGAAAAUGGCGACUCCAAGCAAAAUCCUCAAGAUACUCAAGGCGGCGGUGCCAAUUCCGUGCCCAGAAAUAGUGGCGGUCACAGGAAGGCGAGUAACGCCGCUAACGGCAAGAACUUCAACAACACCAUGGUUGCUACAAACGCCAAUAACGCAAGCAUAGAGGCUAAGGCAGGGUUGGCGGGCAACCAGGCAAUAAAUGGUAGAACACAAAUCGACCGUGCCGAUAUGGACAUUUCCGCGGAGGGCCAAGCCGUUCAAGCUAACGCUCAAAAUGCUAACACGAUUAACAGUCAUGUUAAUAAGAACAAUAAGGCAGGUCAAGGCUCCAAUGCCAAGCAAGCCAGAAAACAGCAAACUGCAUCCAGUGGCAACGCCAGUGAAACCUCGAAGGACGGAUCAGGCGGCUGUUGUAUUAUAAGUUAA